AUGGUCGUGCAACUACACAACCACACAAAUGUCAGGCGCAGAGCAACCGAUCGCGCUGGGCAGGUCAACGACCAUUUCAUGGCCCGUGAUGUGCAAGCUCGACAGCAUAUGAGCCUGUCUCAAGCACGCCCAACGGCCAGUACUACUCUCAGACCUCACCGUCAAGAUCAGCUGCCUGCAAGACCUACCUCCACACCAUGGCAGAGUCCUGCUCCCAUGACUGUAACUCUGCCCUCAUUCAAGCAUCUUGCUGAGACUGCCGAUCGGUCAACUCUGCAGUACACGCGUGCUCCCUCGAUCGGAUUUGACUAUAUUCCGGUCCCUCUGAUCAAGACUGAGUCCAUGUAUGUCUCGCCUCCCGAAUCAAUAGCUUCGCCUACGCCCUCGGCGUCCAUCUCACCAGCAAUACGCAAAGCUACUCUACCAAGCAACAAAGCUGCCAAGAGACAAAGUCCGCCCCGUAUGGUAGAGAAGAGGAGCAAAUGUACGAAGCGACAGGGCUGGACUCUGAAAGCCGAGGCGCAGGACCAGGCUAACAACCAACGCCUCGAUGAGAUCCAGCGCGCUUUCAGAGAUGGUACUCAGGUUCCUCUUAUCAGCGGCGCUGUUCCGGCUGAUGCCGGUAAGACUCAAAUCUUCCCACGUUUCGAUCACGCCCGCGCAACACGUGAGAACGAACGGGUCAAGAUUCAGACUGGCAGCAGCGAUGGUAACAACAGGCACAACUUAGCCCAGACACAUCUACGAGCUGAGAAGGGAGACUCCAAGAUGAAGCUUCAGCGUCUUCUGGUCAAUGGCAUUGGCUGGAGAGGUAAGAAGCUUCAGACAAAGGUCAACGCCAGGAGUAGCGGCAUGCUGUACGAGGAAAAGGAGCUUCUUCAAGCCGACACCCAGUACAAUGCGCUCAACACCAUUGUGAUGCAGAAGCUGUUCGGACCAGAGGGUAUGCGUCAGCUAGGUGCCCUCCUUGACUUGUUCGAGCCAGACGAUGUCCAGCCGGCAGAGGUGUUGAGAAGCACGCUUGACGACGACAAGACCUAUGAGUUCAAGCAACAGGCGGCGAGAAUUGAGGUCAUUGCAGAGGCAGGAGACCCGCUAGGUCUGAAACACAUUCACAGCGAGGAGCAGCUCAACGGCAUUGUCAGGCAGAGGCUGCUUCCCCUGGCCAAUCCUCUCGGCAAGGCAUUCUUGCAACAGGCGUUUCCCAAGCCUGGAGAGGCUCGGGCCAGGAUGUGA